CUGGUCCGCUCGCCUACACUGACUGUUGCGUCGCACUCCCCCAUCUGGCAUAGACAAGACGCGGCGCGCCGAGAAACUGACGUGUUUUGCGCAUUUCCUGCAGCAGCGUUUAGACGGUCGGGGGGGAGAAGAGGUAGGUCUGCAGGAAACCAAGAACAGCAACGGCGAGAGAACAUCCUGGGAGGAUAAGGAGCAGAACAGAAACCAAGAAAACCACAACCUAGAGUCGACCGGCAACUAUACAUUGCUUGAGCUAUUCACAAGUCGAGUAGCCUGUUUGGGAAACAUCCCAAAUGCACUGCAAGGAGGCAGGAGUCGCCCUAUCUUCCAACAGUGGAAUACGAGUGUUUCCAGAGCCUAGUGGAGUUGCCGAGGAUAGAUAUCUUUGAUAGAUUUUGCUCUGUCGGGUUGCGGUUUGGGUAGGCUGUUGAUAUCCCAACUGCUGCAUGGUCAUAUUUUUCCUGCGUAUACGCUUCUCAAUACGUGUAUUUAUUAUAUUCAAAAGAAAGGCUUUGUCUGGUUAAAACCCAAAUGUGGAUUAUCAUUGUGAAAACCGAAACUGUUAGAGAGCAAAAACAAGAACAUUUAUUGUCUCUGGACUGUUUCAAAACGACUGAUAAGCAUCCGAUUGGUACGUGUGUGAUAGAGUGACACGGGACGGCAUUUUCCCCUUAUAUUCAAGUCACAACCUCUUGGAAAAACCAUUCAAUCCGUGGUCUUAAUUUGAGGAUUCAAACGCUACAUAAAACUAGGCUAAAUUAUUUAUGACCCGUUGAAGUGGCUGGGUUAAAGGAAUAUAUUGUAAACAACCAUUCUUGUUCCAAAGCCCAUUGAAGAGGAUUACAUCACCGCAAUGGUGGUUUUCAAUGGGUUAUUGAAGAUCAAGAUUUGUGAGGCGUUGGACUUGAAACCGACGGCUUGGUCUCUCAGGCAUGCGGUUGGCCCAAAAACCCAGACUUUUCUCCUAGACACCUACAUCGCACUAAACGUGGAUGACUCGCGUGUGGGCCAAACCUCCACCAAACAGAAAACCAACAGUCCUGCGUGGAACGACGAGUUCGUUACGGAGGUGCAUGACGGAAGGAAAAUCGAACUGUCGGUGUUUCACGACGCGCCAAUUGGAUAUGACGAUUUCGUGGCUAACUGCAUCAUACAGUUUGAAGAUAUAUUGCAGAAUGGCAGUAAGCACUACGAGGAAUGGAUUGACUUGGAGCCUGAGGGGAGGGUUUACGUCAUCAUGGACCUGUCUGGAUCGUCUAGUGAAGCUCCAGGCUCCAGUGAGAAUGCAGAGGAGCGUGUGUUUCGGGAGCGCAUGCGGCCAAGGAAGAGGCAGGGUGCCGUACGAAGGAGGGUCCAUCAGGUCAAUGGACACAAGUUCAUGGCCACAUACCUACGACAGCCUACCUACUGCUCCCACUGCAGAGAUUUUAUAUGGGGUGUGAUCGGGAAACAGGGCUACCAGUGUCAAGUGUGUACGUGUGUAGUCCAUAAGCGCUGCCACGAGCUCAUCAUCACAAAGUGUGCUGGGAUGAAGAAAGACAAAGAGGACACUACACCAGAGGAGGUUGGAUCCCAGCGGUUCAGCGUUAAUAUGCCUCAUAAGUUUGGUAUUCACAACUUCAAAGUCCUAACCUUCUGUGACCACUGUGGUUCACUACUGUGGGGCCUGCUCAGACAAGGGCUGCAAUGCAAAGUCUGCAAGGUGAAUGUACACAGACGCUGUGAAAGUAACGUGGCCCCUAACUGUGGGGUGGACGCGAGGGGAAUUGCCAAGGUUCUGUCUGACCUGGGGGUCACACCAGACAAGAUCUCCAGCAGUGCCCAGAGGAGGAAAAAGAUAACCCAAGAACCCCAGCAGCCGUUACCAUGUACCCCCCAGACAGAGGAGGACCGAUCCAAAUCGGCCCCCACCUCCCCGUGUGACCAAGACCUGAAAGAGUUGGAGAACAUCCGCAAGGCGCUGUCGUUUGAGCAACGUGGACAGGAACACAAGUCAGCCUCGUCCUCCUCUUCCAGCAGGGUGGGGGUGGGCUCAGAGGGGGGCGAGGCCCGGGAGAACGGAGAACUCAAGAUCAUCCAGACCAAGAGGAUGACCCUGCAGGACUUCCUCUUCAUUAAGGUCCUGGGCAAAGGCAGCUUUGGAAAGGUGAUGCUGGCUGAGCUGAAAGGAACAGAUGAGGUGUAUGCUGUGAAGGUGCUGAAGAAAGACGUGAUCCUGCAGGAUGAUGAUGUGGACUGUACCCUGACAGAGAAACGCAUCCUGGCCCUGGCUAGGAAACAUCCCUACCUGACCCAGCUCUUCUGCUGCUUCCAAACCAAGGACCGUCUGUUCUUUGUGAUGGAGUACGUGAACGGAGGAGACCUUAUGUUCCAGAUCCAGCGUUCCAGGAAGUUUGACGAGGCGCGCUCUCGCUUCUACGCCGCCGAGGUCACGUCUGCCCUCAUGUUCCUUCACCAACAUGGAGUAAUCUACAGAGAUCUGAAAUUGGAUAACAUCCUGCUGGACGCACAUGGCCACUGUAAGCUGGCUGACUUUGGCAUGUGUAAGGAGGGGAUCCUCAACGGAGUCACCACCACCACUUUCUGCGGGACCCCUGACUACAUCGCUCCUGAGAUCCUACAGGAGCUAGAAUAUGGCCCCUCUGUGGACUGGUGGGCUCUGGGGGUGCUUAUGUACGAGAUGAUGGCGGGCCAGCCCCCCUUCGAGGCUGACAAUGAGGAUGACCUGUUUGAGUCCAUUCUCCACGAUGAUGUCCUCUACCCAGUGUGGCUAAGCAAGGAGGCAGUCUCCAUCCUGAAAGCGUUCAUGACGAAGAGUCCAAACAAGCGUCUGGGCUGUGUGAUCACCCAGGGCUUGGAGGAAGCCAUCAAGGUUCAUCCCUUCUUCAAGGAGAUCGACUGGGUUUUGCUGGAGCAGAAGAGGGUCAAACCACCCUUCAAACCUCGCAUUAAAACCAAAAGGGACGUGAACAACUUUGACCAGGACUUCACUCGCGAGGAGCCUGUCCUCACCCCUGUAGAAGACGCCAUUAUUAAGCAGAUCAACCAAGACGAGUUCAAGGGUUUCUCCUACUUUGGAGGGGAGGAGACUCUGUCCUAAGGCCUGCACACACACACACACACACACAGAGAUGCUGUCCGCCUCAUCCUUGUGUUUAUGCACACACACCAACACACACACAUGCAUGUAUAGACACACAUACAUCUAUAUGCAGAAACACUGACAUACACACUCGCAUUCACGAACACACAUACAUACAUAUAUUCUCACAUACAGACAUCCAGAAAUAUACUGUACAAUACACACAGAGUAAAUUAUUACAUUCACACACUCAUACAACACUCCGGCCAUUAGGGCCUCUGAUUAGUAACAACUCCAAAACUUAAACCUGAUCAUCUACAGCGCUGUACCAGUAUAUUUUUCUGUCUCUCCAUCAGUGCAUGUUUUCUAUGUUAAAAACCAAUGUAAUUCAACAGUAGGUCAUAUAGGAAGCCCAUCUGCUUUAUUAUCAAGUUCCUAUUGGCUGGUCCAGAUCACUCCUGAUCCAAUCAGAGCGGUAAAAAAAAAAAAGAACUCAUUGUGGUGGUGGGUGGCCAAUGGAUUGGCCUCCUGAGACUGAAUAUAGCCUGGCCCUUGGCCCGGGCUGAUAACAGUGAUGAAAGCUCCUCACAGUCCUGCCCCAGAUUAUGUCACAAGGCCCUUUCCAGUGGACUAUGAAAUGAACAGGGAAUGUUUGUGUGACGGUGUCAACUUUAUGUGUAUAUAAGGAUUAAAAGGUCAGGGGUUAUGUGUGCUUUGGGCAGGGGUCUUGUUCCACAUGGUCUUCGUACGAUAGGUCAUACUUUCAACUGGUUCAUCAAAUAUCCUAGUUCCUCAGUGAGUAUAUGACACUGAAACAAUGAUAUUAUUAUAUUAAUCUGUAAUUUCUCAAGCUGUCCUUUAAGUCUUUCGAUGUACUAGAAUCUCCUCCUCUGUCGUGUUUGAAUGCGAAAAACCAAAUCCUUAGAACCAAUGAUUGUAUUUAAAAAAGCUAAAAACCGAUUGGUUCACCGUAUCAAUAAAAAAGAGAAGCCUGUAACUAUUGAUACUUUUUCAAAGUUUCCUCAAGAUCAAAACGACGGCAGAAUUAGAAUGAGUCCAUGUAUAGUACAUCAAAUGCCUUUUGUGUGUAACUGCGAACCAGUUAUGUGUUGUAGAUAUGCCCACAGUGUUAUGGUAGUCUAGAUUCAUAUGCUCCAAAUGAAUGCCAUGGGUUUCAAUGUGGAAGAAUGUGCUUGCAUGCAUGAGUGAUCGUGGGGAUACAACUGAAUGUAUCGCGUCUGUUUGCGUGCACGUGUGUGUGUCAGUUAGUAUACUGCACGUAUGUUAGUUUGUGCGAGUCUGGGUUUUGCGUGUGCGAUUUAGGCAGUGGGUUCAUGAGAAUGGCCCUUUUGAAGCUUUUACAUUUCAUUGGGUCAGUUUUAUUUCAUUGUGUGUUUUAUUUCAUUAUGUUUGAUUUGUCGUGAUUUUACUGGAUUGUCUUGUUGCUCAGAGUUUGAAAUCCUGGAUUUCCCUGCUAUGCAACAAGACUCACAAUCAUGUGGGUGAAGGCAUCACCAGAUAGCCGUGUCUUUCCCUCUGUACAGACCACCUUGUAUAUAGAAGCCUGUGGACUUCUUGGAGAAAUAGAGGUAUCAUCCUUUGCAUGGUCAUGCAUAUGAUAUUAUUGUGUAUUAUUAGAAUAUGAAAAAGUUACAAUGUCCAUGUGCAAUAUUCUGUCUGUUUCUGUCUGUUUUUGCUUUCCUUUUCUUUCUUGCCGGGUGUCUUCACUGUUCUUCCCUCCGCUGACUCUUUGCUAUUGCGGUCUGUUUGGUUCUUACAGUAUAUGCAUGGCUGUUUUCAUUUGCCUGUCCUCAACUCAGUUGAUAGCCAUGUCUAUGUGCUUCCUUCAGAAUGCUCCAUCAAACCACCUCACCACCCCUUUCCCUGCCCUCUCUCCUUAACUCUCUUUGAAAAGGUCAACAUUUCCUAUAGCAUAUCCCUUUAAAACAUCAAUGUAACCAAAGGUAGCAAAGCUAUUGGAUCUUAUGGAAACCAUUGACCUUCUUAAUGCACUUAUGCCUAAUAACUCUCUGGCUAAUAUAUGGUUUAUUGUAGGCCUACACAGAAUCAAGGUAAAGUCCAAUCUACUGUCAAAUUCUAUCAGUAGACCACAAAAAUAACCAUUUUGGAGUAGAAACUUUAAAGUAACAUUUGAAAUUUGGAGUCAUAAUAGUAGGACUAUUUGCAAUUGAAGAGGCAGGGGUGGCACUGUGGUAGUGAAAGUAGCAAUACUGUAGAAGUAUCCGUAGCAUUUGUUAUUGUAGUAGUAGUUUUAGUAGUAGUAGUUUAAGUAGUGUAGAUGUAGUAUUAUUAGUAGCAUGUAUAACAGUGCUAGCUCCACUAGCAGUAGCAGUUAUGGUAUGGGAGCAGGAGUAACUGUAGCAACAGUGGUAGUAACAGUAAUAGUGGACAGUAUCAUAGCAUCAACUGUCAAAGCAAUACUGAUCAAGCAGUAUUUUAAUGGCUUUAAACAUGCCUCUCAUACUAGAUCCUGAAAAGACGUAGGCACGGGUGUCAAUUAAUCACAUGAUCCCCCUCUGUUACCCAGUUAGUGCAUAGCAAAAUGAGAACCGUGUUAAAGCAUCUGAAGGUGAAGAGGACAUUUUACAGUUUUUUAGGAUUUAACCGUUACCGUACUUGUCUCCCCUCGUAUAGCUCACAUCUACCCUCUUGUCUCUCUGUCUGUAUCAUGUCCUUUAAUUUCAUUUACCUGUCUCUUUGGUUUACAGUCUCUGUGUUUUGUCUGUGCUUCUUGAUGUUAGGCCUCUUAUGUUUGUGUUUGUGUUUUGUAAGAUGGCGGAUCCCUGUCCUACUCCGACCCAUAAGGACGGUGGCCCUAGAGAUCCAAAAUCCUCCAUGCCAAAUGCUAACUCCAAUUUUCCAUCCUCCUUCUUUUAAUUUGACUUUUUAAACUGUUUGUAAUAGGAAGAAGAAAAAAACAACACAUAGGAAACCCAUUUGGUCUGUUGUAAAGUCAUUGAAGCAGUAACGCUCAAUAAGUAUAAUAUACUGUACAUGGCUGGAGAAGUACCUCUUAAAUUGUGUGUAAAAAUAUGUCUGGCUGAGUAUUAUGUAUUUUUUUUUUACAUACAGUAGAAUAAAACAUACAGACAUAUGCAUUAUAUUACUGUAUGUACCUCUAUACAUUUAGGGUCGGUUUCCCGGACCCAAAUUACGACUACUUCUGGGCUAAAAAGCAUGUUCAAUAAAGAAUAUCUAUUGAAAUUGCUUUUUAAACCAGGACAAGGCGUAUUCUGGGUCUGGGAAACCGGAUUUAAUUUUGGGUUUCUGUAUUGUGAAGCUUUAUAUGUACAAUUUGUCACCUGACUGAUGUUUUAUUUUGAAUUCCUUUGCCAUUUAUUAGUGUUAUGUCAUUGUAAGCAUUUUGCUGUGUGCCAAAUGUACUGUAUUCUAAAGGAUGUGAAUGUGUAUUGUUUGUUUUUGGAACCUAUUAAAUAUGAUGAUGUCAAAACAAA